GGCAAAGGAGGCCGAGAUUUUUCUAUUCGUGUUUUUUUGUGGCCGGGGAACUCUAUUGUUUUUCUGUUUAAAUGAACAGAGACCACCAGACUGGAAACUCGUUUGACCAGAAUUCACAUCCUAAUCCUGUUAAAAACGUGGUAAACAAGUAAGAUGUGUAAAUUAACGCGGCUCAACUAAAUGGCAAAAGGCGAAAAAUGCAGGCAAACUGAAUAUAAUUACCAUCGAUUCGCAUUAGAUACGCGUAGAAUGGAUUCCCGAUACGGUCGCAGUUUUUCGGGAGGCAAUGGAAAUGGCAACGAUUCGGGCUACAGACGGUACACUCGCUCCCGUUCCAGGGAGCGCAGUCGGGAUCGUAAUGACUACAGACGCCGCAAUUCCCGUUCCCGAAGUCGCGAGAGAUCCUCGCAUUAUAGACACGAUCGCAGUACAGACCGUGAUCUCUACCGGGAUCUGAUUAAUGAUGAUUACGAGGAUCAGGGAAGCUAUAACUCGCGGCAUAACUUCGAUCACCGUCAACAUCGUAGCGAAGACAACUAUGAUCGGCGGGAUCAGGAUAAUCACGGUCGCCGCGAUCACGAUAACUAUAAUAACCAUGAUCGUCAUGAUCAGAAUAACUAUGAUAAGCGCAGUCGGGAUAAAUACGAUAAUGAACGCGAUCACCGCUGGAAGGAUUACGAUCGUGAGUCGAAGGAGCGCAACUAUGAUGAGUUUGAUAAAGGAUCAGAACGCAGCAGUCGCAGUGGUGACCAUCGGCAGUAUAAUAAUAAUAAUAAUGGCAAUGGCUCGACCAACACUAAUAGGGAUCGUGAGCGCGACAGACAGUAUUCCUCGGAUGAGGACAGCGACAUGGCCAAUGAAUUUAAACAGCGCGGCGGUCAUUACAGUGGCAGCACCGUCGAGCCGCUUAACAAUAUUAUCCUCUUUGGUCUGAAGAAGCACGUCACGGAAGCAGACAUUAUGGGGGAGCUGAUCAAAGCCGACAUGGAACCCAGUUCCAUUCGCGUGAUGAGGAAACAGCCAACAGGUGCCUCACGCUGUUUUGCAUUUGUCGAGUUUAAAACCGUUGAGGAGGCGAGACAUUGGAUGGAUUUAAAUCAGGGGAUGCUCCAGCUGGGCGACCAUCGUGUGUCCAUGCAGUAUAGCCACACUCGCAUCUCCGAUUGGACCUGUGUUAAGUGUGGUGCCAGCAACUUCAAGCGCCGCUUUCAGUGCUUCAUGUGCAGCUCCUCGCGGACGGAGAGUGAGAAUGCUCUGUCAGGAGCCGGCGAAGGGAUCGACGAGAUCAGCCGGAUCCUCACAAAAAAGAUCAUGCUUCGCGGCCUGGACGCGCUGACAAACGAGGAGGGCGUGCUCACUGCCCUCCAGAAGCACCUGCCCGAGCUGGCCAAAACAGUCAGCAAAGUGCUGGUCAGUCGCGAUGCCCUAACCCAGGCAUCUCGGGGAAUUUGUUACCUUAACUUUGACACUCUCAUCGAUUCGAUGAACGUAUUCAACGGGUUGACGGCGUUGGACCCGCCACUAACACUGGACGAGAAGACUGUUAUCGUUACCUACUGCAUAGAUUCCGAAAAUCUUCAAGUGGGCAAAACCGAUUUAAAUCCAUCUAAAUCCAGCGGAGGCGCGAUGCCACCCUCCGGACUGAGUGGAGGCUACUCUCUGGCGGAUGUCCCUCGUCUCGCCGAGUACAGUGCCUCCGUGUAUGCCUCCAAUCCUGUGGAGCACGCCCACUACGUCCAGUACUAUACGGAUUAUUAUACGACUGAACUAAGCAAGAACAGCGGGGAUCCUCAUGUGACGGAGGCCAAUUCUGGAGCAGCUGUGGCCAUGUCAGCCAUGAUGCGCAAGCAGAGGAAGGUUGGUCAGAUGGAGACCACGACUACUGUGGCCGAGGCGAAGGCCGCCUUCCUUGCCAGAGGAGCAAGUGCUCCCAGGGGAAAUGAUGGAAAGAAAUACGCUACUCCCGAUGUGUCGAAGUACCAGUAUGAUGAGACUUCCGGCUACUAUUAUGACCACAUUACGGGCCUCUACUACGAUGCACACUCGCAGUACUACUACAACAACGAGACGGGUGCGUAUCUCUACUGGGAUCAGCGGAGGAGCACGUACGUCCUGGCCACGCCUGCUUCCACUCAGGCAGCCCUUCAGGAAGUUCUAGCUGAGGCUGAGAAGAAGGAGGAGGAGGCCAAAAAGGCCAAGGAGAAGGAGAAGGAAAAAGAAGAAGGCAACAAGCCCGACAAAGUAAAGGUGGCCAAGAAGAUUGUCAAGGACAUGGAGAAGUGGGCCAAGCACUUGAACCAGAGGAAGGACUACACGGCGGUGGCCACACCGCAGCCCAUUCUGUCGGGGAAUGAAGCCCCAAGCACCUCACGUGGACCUCAAGGAGCCUACGCUGAUGUGGGAUUCUCGAUUCUCGAGAAAAAAGAGCGAGGAAAGCUCAACGACUAUGUACCACAGGCAGGGCCACCCGCCAUAAACAAACUGGUCAACGCCUAUGGAGGAGCUUCGGACUCCGAAGAGGACAAUGCUGGUUCCUCCCAGAACUUGCAGAAGACGGCGGAACCAAGUGGUUCUGGUAGAGGCAUUGCCGAUGAAUCGGAAUACGUGGACUUGCAGAAGCUUACCUGCCUGCUUUGCAAGCGUGCCUUCCAAUCGCUGGACAUUUUGCAGAAGCACUUGAAGAUGUCCAAUCUGCACAAGGAGAAUCUGGCCAAGCUUAACCAAAAUUCUAAAGGAAACAGCAUUGACGAGGCACUAUCUUAUCGUGACCGUGCCAAGGAGCGCAGGCUAAAAUACGGCGAGAGCGAUCCACCUCCACCGAAUCGCAGCAGGGAGCGAUUCGAGCACGAGAUAAAGACUCUGCAAGCGCGGCAGAAGGAUUCCUCUGGGAGUGCACCAGCCCUGCCCAUCAGUUCGAGCAACGUGGGCAGUCGUCUGAUGCAGAAGAUGGGCUGGUCGGAGGGCCAGGGGUUGGGCAGGAAGAACCAGGGACGCACCCAGAUCAUAGAGGCUGAUGGUCGUACCAACAACGUGGGACUGGGCAGCAAGGCUGGAAACUUGCCACCUGGUAACGACUACAAAUCGUACAUCAAGAAGAUGAUGAAGCAGCGCUAUGAGAACGCUUGAGACUUCGUUUAGAUAUGUAUGACUUAAUUCCGCUUAAACAUAGAAGCAUUUAGGCAUUGUUUACCUCAGUACACAUCCACCACAUUACUGCGCUCAUUUAGCAUUACUUUCGAAGUUAACAUGUAAAUAGGACGUAAAUAAUAAAAUGUCUCAAAUUAGA